GGCCCAUCUCUUCCCAGCCACCAGACUCACUUCCCCGUUCCCCCCUCCCAUCCCAUCUCUGUCCUCCAUUCACUCCCUAGUCCUUCCCCUUCCCCAAAUCCUAUCCCACUUCAUCUCUCAAAGCAAAAAUGGCAACUUUGCUCUUUCUCUCGUCCCCUCAACACCUUCCCAGUCCCCUUCCACCGCAAAAUUCCAUUCCCCAAAUACCCACUUCCCUCGUCUUCUCCUCGAAAUCCCAUCUCCACCAGGUUUCUGCAGUUCCGAGGAGAAGCGCCCUGUCAUUGAUCUUACUCUCACCCAUUGCGACCACUUCCCUCUUAUGGGAAUCGGCUACCGCUCCUCAAUCUGCCAUGGCGGCACCGGCUGAUGUUCCCCUGAGGGAAUACAUCGACACCUUCGACGGCUACUCCUUCAAUUACCCGCAGAACUGGAUUCAGGUCCGCGGCGCCGGCGCCGAUAUCUUCUUCCGUGACCCUUAUGUCCUCGACGAAAACCUCUCCGUCGAGUUCUCCUCUCCUUCCUCCUCCAGGUACAAGAGCUUGGAGGAUUUGGGAUCCCCAGAAGAAGCCGGGGCCAAGGUCCUGAAGCAAUACCUCACGGAGUUCAUGUCCACUCGACUCGGCGUGCGGCGAGAAUCCAACGUCCUCUCCACUUCCUCCAGAGUCGCCGACGACGGCAAGAUGUACUACCAAGUGGAAGUGAACAUCAAGUCGUAUGCAAGCAACAACGAGCUGGCCGUCAUGCCUCAGGACAGGGUUGUCCGGAAGGAAUGGGACCGGCGGUACCUCUCCGUUCUGGGGGUCGAGAACAACCGCCUCUACGAGCUGAGAUUGCAGACGCCGGAGAGCGUGUUCAUGGAGGAGGAGAACGAUCUCCGGCGAGUCAUGGCUUCGUUUAGGGUCAACAAGGUCUCAGUUUGA